AAAUGACUUUGUGAUGUCUCUUCACUGGUGUUUGUGUGUGUGAUGGAGAAAGAGGAAUGGAUGGAUGGCUGGAUGGAUGGAUGGUGGGGCUAGAGUAGGGAGAAGAUGCAGGAGAGUGUUGGUAUUUUUAGCUCCACAUGAGUGUGUGUCAGCGUGGGUGUGUGUGUGCGUGGGUGUAUGUGUGUGUGUGUGUGUGUGUGUGUGUGUGUGUGUGUUUGUAUCCAUGCUUUUGGAUUAGCCUCUGUGACGUCUUGCUCUGGGGAAGGUAAUGUGCUUGUCCCAAAGAGCUGCUGCUGCUUCUGUGGAAUUUGCAUAGAUUUGGUAAAACGAGCAAGAGAGGAAGCGAGAGAGGAGAGUGAGGGGAGGGAGGGCUGCAAAGAGCACUGUAGAGGAGAGGAUGGAAUGAAGAAGCAAUCUUCCCUUUUCUACUUGCUCCGUUUGCAUCUUGCUCUACAUCCUCUCCCGGGCUUAUCUCUGUGUUCUUCCCAUCCGUCAUUUCUUGGUACCAGACUCCUUUUCUCCUCAUCCCUCCUCUCUCUCUGCUUCUCCCCAAAUGUUCUGUCCUGUCAGUCAAUGAGCCAGUGAAGCCUCCUCCUUCUUUUUCUUCCUUCCAAUCAUUCCCCCAUGCAUGCCAGGAGAUACACGCACACGCGUGGCACCGACACACACAUGCUUAUCAGGGAGACGACAUAAGUCAAGACCACAGCUCGGGCUGUUGAGAUGGGCAACUCUGUAAAGUCGCUCAAAAUUUUCAACAAGAAGGACCAGAAGAAGAACUACAAAGCGGUGCAGUCCUGUGAGGAGGGGGGCUCAGGGGGGGGCUAUCUAGAGCCGCUAGUGGCCCUGGCCCAGAAUGGCGCCAACAUGCACAACGUGCUGGGCCCCGCGUGCAUCUUUCUACGCAAGGGCUUCGCUGAGAGCCGGCAGGCUGACCGAGAGCUGAGGCCAGAAGAAAUGGAUGAGCUACGUGAGGCGUUCAAGGAGUUCGACAAAGACAAAGACGGCUUCAUCGGCUGCAAAGACUUGGGGAACUGCAUGAGGACGAUGGGCUACAUGCCAACAGAGAUGGAGCUGAUAGAACUCAGUCAGCAGAUCAACAUGAACUUGGGGGGACAUGUUGACUUUGAGGACUUUGUCGAGCUCAUGGGGCCCAAACUUCUAGCCGAGACGGCGGACAUGAUUGGCGUGAAGGAGCUGCGUGAUGCGUUCAAGGAGUUUGACACCAAUGGCGACGGUCAGAUCAGCACCGCGGAACUACGAGAAGCAAUGAAGAAGCUUUUAGGACAACAGGUGGGUCACAGAGACCUGGAGGACAUUCUGCGAGACAUCGACCUCAACGGAGAUGGACACGUGGAUUUUGAAGAAUUUGUUCGGAUGAUGUCUCGGUGACUUGCUAAUGGGCCUUCCAGAGUGCAAAACAAUAAAACAAAGCAUAUCACGUCUGCCCUGAAGCUGCAAUGCUGGAGCACAAUGACUGGCCACCACAGCCUGUCAACAGUUGAUUUUCUCCUGCUGGUUCUUUUAGUAUGGACUGUACAUUUUUUUUUAUGAUCAAGAAUCAUUUUUUUAAGAAAAUCAAGCACAUUUUUCUGGUGCUAACGUGGUUGUUGAUGACUAUUGUAGCCAUUUAGAUGAUGUCAUGCUAAAGAUGAUAAAGACCCAACAAGGAGAGCCUGUCAAGCCCCUCUAUGUGGGGCUAAAAACAAUGGAGGUUAUCUCAGGGUAUUUUCUAAACAGGGUCCGUCCAAAGUAGGAACUGGUCAAAUGCACUAAGGCUAGACGUAAAGGAACUAUCUUAAGGGAUGCUUCAAUGCUUGCCAGCACAAAGCACUUAUCCAAGAUGGCAAUAUGGACUUUUUUAUGUGGUCUUGUCAAAAAAAAAGUGUGGUUGUAUUCUGUGCUUACUGUUGUUUCUUCUCCAGGCACUAGACUUUAUCCCACAAGACUGUUGUUGAAUUCAUUUCGGGGGGAAUUUGCUUAUUCUGUAAUUAAAUGUAUUGUAGCGAGGACGUCUUUCCUCUGGAUUCAGUCAUGUCAUGAAUAUCUUACUGUGAAAUUUGUCUUUUUCUGUGUGCAUUACGAUGAACAGAAAUGCGAAGUACAGUAGCUCUGAGUACUAUUUAAAACAGGGGUCUCAAACUCCCCUGUACCUGGGGGCCGCAGGAGAUAGGGUCUGGUUGUGGCUGGGCCGCAUGAAGUAUUGGGAGCAAUGGUACAAAAGAAUGAGGAUGUUUUAGCAACAUAAGUGUAAACAGGAUUUUAGUUUUGGUGUCUGAAAAACAGUAAAGCUAUUUUAAACUCAUUCAGAAAACACAACAUCUCAUGUCUCUCAAGUAAAACAAUGCUAUAAAGUGGAAUCAUAUCAAAAAGAAAUAUUUUUUAUAGCAUUUACACUACUCCUCCAUGUCUAGUCGUGGGCCGCAAAAUAUGGGCCGCAAGUUUGAGACCACCGAUUUAAAAUAUUCUGCAUGAAUAUACAGAAUAUUUUUAACCCUUAAGAGGUCCUGUGGACAUUUUGUGCCAGUCUGUUUUUUUUAUAUUUAUUUUUAAGCUCUUGUAGCCAUGUUGUCUUGGAGCCUAAAACGGCAACGCUACACAACAAGUAAAAAAAAAAAAAUGUCCUACUGAAAAUAACAUUUUGAUCACACAUUUAUCUUAACGCAAACGAAUGCAGGCCUUUGUGUUAAGAUUUCAAUUUGGGCUACUGGCCUCCUGUUUUUUCAUUUUUAUAUUUGU